CUCAUUGACUAAUAGGCUACCAGGAACGCGAGAGCGAAAUCCCAGUGUCCAAAAGUAAGAGGACACAAGGUCCUUUGUCCCGCUCCGUCUCUCUCAUAACGCAGCCGCCCAGGACGCCGCGUAGCCCUGCCUCUAGAGUGACUGACAGACAGCUUCGCCAAUCAGCGAGAAGAGAAAGAACUGGAGAAUGGCAGCUGAGCCGCCCAAUCCCUGAACAGGGAAGGGGGCGCAUCCAGCCCGUUCCAACGGUCGGACCAAAUUGGGGCCCAUGGCUCAUAACAGGCCAAUCAAAAAGGGACGGGGACCAGGGCCUGGCCAAUCAGAGGUUACCUCCCUAGGCUUGUUGGGCCAUAGGACGAGCCUUGAAAGGGUGGCAAUUGCCUGGCCAAUGGGAGGUCGGCAGGAGUGGGCCUGGCACUAGGGUGGCCUCCGAGGGAUGCUGCUGCCUGCCCAGCCAGUAGAGCCACCAGGGCCAGGUGUGAGCUGCUCCUGGGCACCCAGCCGGUGCUGAGGGACCCCGCCAGCCUGGGGAAGCGGAUCAGCCUUGUCUACUCUGCAAAGCCCCCGGGGGCCUUUCCUGUCCUUGGAAAAACCUGCCCGGACGGAGAAAGGAGGCUCAGAAAAGAGCCAAUGUCCAGAAGAACCCGGACGUGUGGUGACCCCAUCCAUGGACAGGCCGGGGAGGUCGACGCUGGUGCUGAGGGAACCCUCUAGCCCCUUUGGGGGCGCUGGGCGUGGCGGAGUCAGGCUCGCUCUGAGGCUGGAGAGGCUCAGAUAACGGUGACAGGCCAAGCGAAUGGAGCAAUAUGGUGUCCCCUGGGAUGGGCCUGGCCCGCAUACUCCAGUUAUUAUGUGUGCAGAGACAAGGGGGAUAACUACCUCACCUAUUUUAUCUCUCUAAUAUCCUGGGACUGGCACGGCUACACCUUCUGUACAAGCAUUUCUAGUGCUUCCUCACGGUAACAUCUGUGCACCACAAUAUCCUGAUUUCUCGGCACAGUCUUGAUCAGGAUUUGGAAAUCACUGGGACUUUCCCAGGAUUUACACUGGGCUGUUGACAGGAUUUGGGGCGUUCACUAGCAGCUUGGGUAGUAUGUCUAUACUGAAUAAAGCUGAUAAGAAUGAGAUGAGAAGGAAGUUAUACCAGACCCAAGCAGCAGCAUGUAGGAUGUGAUGCAUUACUUUUCAGAUGGGUAAAUUCCCAGUCCCCUUUGCUCAGUGCAUAUGUCUUUCCCUCUUGGCCAUUCCAUUGUCAAAGAUACUAGCAAAUGUCUGUUUGGUUAGAGCAAAAAGACUGGGAGUUGGGAUUACUGGGUUCUGUUCCUUGGUCUGGGUCUAAUUCUAAGGCCUUGACUGAAGUAAGAAUGGACUUAAAUUCAAUUGAUACAAAAGACUUCUAAAGCAAAAUAAGUGUCCACACAAGGGGGUGUACCAAUUUAACUAAAUCAGUCUCUAAUCUCACAACUUUCUUGUGCGGUCAAGACCUAACUGAAGUCCAGACGCUGCCCUGAGAUCUGUCUGGGCAGGUGGCUGGGUGAAGGCGGCUCUCGCUAUGGAGCUCCUUGCAGGACAGGGGCUGUCCUGUGCAUUUUGUGUGAAUCUCUUAAAUGUUGUGCCUCAGUUUCUCCAUCACUAAAAUGGAGAUGAUAAUGACAUUUGCCUAGGCACUCAGGCAUGUUGACUUUGGUAUCCUUGCAAGAGAGAGAAGUGCAAAGCAUCACCUUCCCUGUGAACCUUUCACAGACUAUAGGAAAGUGAUCAGUAUACAAUGUGAGCUCAGUCUGCAGAGAGACUGUCACCUCCUUCCCCUUUGAGCUGGGAAAAUGUUCACAUACUAGCCAAAUCAAUUUUAGAUCAUACAUUCAAAAUGUUGCCUUUCCUUCCCCCUUGUCUUUCCCUUCCUGUUUCUUCACUUUUACAUCCUAGAUACUUUUCUUCUCUGAUUUGACCUCCCCUCCAUCUUUUUCUCUUCACUGUUUUGUUUCGUUUUUUGUAUUCUUUGUCCUUUCUUCUCUUGUCUCUCCCUGCUGCCACUUCUACUCCCAUUCUGUUUUGAUGGGUCUAGAGUGUGCCUGGAUCCUCUGUCCUGCCAAAGGUGGCUUAUGAGAGCACUUUGGGAGGAUUUGUGGAUGUCCGUGAAUUUGCCUGGAUCACCUGCCAAAGAUCUACUUGACUCAGCUGAUGUUCGUCGCUGUGGGCUUGCACUCCUGACCUGCCUUAGAUAAGGAGCUAUUCCUUGCUAACGCCUCUUGGGCUUUCUUAUCGCAUUGAAGUUUUUAUUCCCUCCUCACCCCCCACCUUCUUUUGGUUUGAGGUUGGUGGAACGUUCUUAUAGAAGAAAAAUAUUCCUGUGUGUGUUUUUAACACUCGAGCUAACGUACAAUGGGUUCUGACUAUCCUCCCAGUCUCCGAUGUGGUCUGCCGGGGCUCAUACUCUCUUUGGAAACUGCCUUUAUCCUCGUAUUUUGGUUUUGCUUUUCAAACGAAAGUGGAAAUACACCAAAAGACCUUGACAUCUAUCCUGCAUUUCAAGAUGUCAACGUCCUGGUGAUUUUGGGAUUUGGCUUCCUCCUGGCCUUCUUGAAAAGAUAUGGAUUUAGCAGCACUGGAUUCAACCUGCUAAUUGCCGCACUUGGAGUUCAGUGGGCUGUGCUCGUGGAAGGAUUUUUGUUUAGUUCCUCAGCAGGAAAAAUGAAAAUCAGCCUGCACAGCGUAUUAAAGGCCAGUAUAAGUGUAACUGCUGUUUUAAUCUCAGCUGGAGCUCUUCUGGGCAAAGCUAACCCUAUUCAGUUGAUUUGGAUGGCGAUGGUGGAGGUGGCAGCUUUCAGUACGAGCAGAUGGAUCAAUGUAAAAUUCCUGAAGGUUGAGGAACACACAAGCUUGAUGCACGUUCACAUAUUUGGGACCUACUUUGGCUUGGCAGUCUCCUGGUGGCUGUACCAUUCUUCACUGAGUGAAAGGGUUGAAAAGGAAAAGUCUAAUCCGAUAUCUGAUUUGUUUUCUAUGCUGGGCACUCUCUUUCUGUGGAUGUUCUGGCCAAGCUUCAACUCUGUGCUAAUCGUGGAUCUGACGGAAAAGAGGAACGCAAUCUGCAACACUUACUAUGCCAUAGGUGUGAGUGCUGUGGCUGCUUUUGCACUGUCAUCCUUGAGCAGCAGGAAUGGAAAAAUCAGGAUGAUCCACAUCCACCAUGCAGCACUAGCAGGAGGGGUUGCUCUUGGUUUCUCAGCUCCCAUUAUUCCACAUCCUUGGAUUGCCAUGAUGUUGGGUCUGCUUGCCAGCAUGGUUGCAGUACUGGGAUCUCACUGUUUACAGACAUAUUUGAAUUCGGUGCUCAAGAUUCAUGACACCUGUGGCGUCCAUUACAUGUUUGGGUUGCCUGGAUUGCUUGGAGCGAUAGUCAAUGUCAUUCUCUUCAUAAUAAUCAAGCGGGCCAGUUUAUCAAGCCUGGGUUAUCUAGCCUUGAUUGAAGUUGGCUCUUUCAUGUUGACCACUGCUAUCGGUUUGGGAACAGGUUUCAUUACCGGUUUCAUUUUAACUUUCAAACUAUGGAAGACACUGCCUGCAUCAAAGUACUUUGAUGACCAAGCUUAUUGGGAGUUUCCCCAUUUGGCUUAUGGAUUUUGAACAGAGGGACCAGACCAAAAUUACAGAAGAUUAGACCAAGAUGAGGAAAACAUUUCCUAUUCUCUGCUUUUAGAAAACUAAUUGGCAUGGGGGGGAAGAAAAGGUUAAAUAUCACUCCUGAAUUUCAAAAUGAAGAAACAUUAUUGCAUUAGGCUGCUUUCAAUUCUUAAAUGAUACAGUAUGUAAAGUCACAGGUAAAAUAGUUUAUUCAGCUUUUCUGCCUUGAUAAAGUCUUGCUUUCAACAUUUUCUUUCGUAAAUCACAUACAAUGGAUCCAUCCAGCUUUGAUAGCUUAUCCUUUUAAGAUGCUUCCAGAUUUUAAUGAAGGAAGAUAUUUUUGUAACUCCUAUUUUGAAAGUCAAAAAAUCAUGAACAUUAAGGGCUUGAUUCUGCAGGUGCUGAGCAUGCUAGUUCUGAUCUAGCAAAACACUCGUGCUUAAAAAUAUGUGCAUGCUGAAGUAAUCCCUUUGAGGUUCAUGUUAAGGAGAUGCUUGAGUGCUUUGCUGGAUUGGGGCCAGUAUGCUCAGCACCUUGCAAGAUCAAAGCCUAAAUUAGUUCAUUAGUUAAAGAAAAUCUGUAGCUGCUUUGGUUUAGGCCAGCUGCUCUGGAAAUUCAAAUGGUAAGAAACUGAAGUGUGAAGUGGAAUUGAAAAUAAAAGGCUUGACCCUACAACUCUUACUCAUGUGAUCAGUGCCCCUGAAGUCAAUGGCAUUACUUGUGCAAGGGUUGCAGCAGCUGAUCCAGAGUACUCAAUCCUGAGAAGUGGGGAGUGCCUGGGAGUUAUAAAUACUCAGCUCUUCAAAGGGUCAGGUGCACAGUGGCUAUUUGAGCAGCACUCUUUACUGUACUUCAGUGACUGAGCCUCUUGCUCACAUCAGUAGUCCUUGCACAAAUAAUCCCAUUUACCUGAAUGAGGCUAAUUAUGUGAGUAAGGGACUUGAAGCAUAGUGCCCAUAAUGUGUAACACAAACAGUAUUAAUCACAGGCUUAAUUAUAAACCAGUUUCUAAAGGGCUUUAUCCUGGUUUCAUGUUGUUUAAAUGUUUUACCUUUAAACACUUGUUUAAGGAAACAAUGUAAAAAACCUGGUGCUGUGUGAGUGAAUAUUAAUGAACAAACUUUAUUUUGUAUUUUAAAGGGCCACAGUCAAUAUGAAAAAAUCAGUUGGUCUGAAAAUGUUGUGUAUAUACAAUAGUUAAAAGUAAUGCUUAACAGUAUUGCCAUCUGAUGGCAUUUAACGCCCCAGUUCUGCAUCGACUUCAAUAGGUAACCACAAGGGCCUGCCUGCAUAGAACUCAGGAUCAGGGUCUUAGUAUAUAGUUAGCCCUAAUGCUGUAAUGGACUCUGUGCAAGCAGAUUCCUGAACCCAGAUGGAGCUCCUUGUAGGAUUGAGGCCUUAGUCACUGAUCUCUAGCUCCUCAAAAGGUGUUUAGGCAUGUGCCCACCCUGGAUUUCAAUGAGUUAGACAACUAGAUACCUUUUGAGCAUUGGGGUAGAGUUUCUCCUUCAUUUCAGAAUGUUUGUCUUUAAUCAGUACACUUGCUUGAAAAUAAAGCAAACUGGCAAUAAUCUGCCAUAACAUAUAUUCUUUGAUAUGAGAAGAAACUUAUACUGUCCUUGAUCCAUUACCUCUAAAGGGAAAUGGAAUGUUACUUAGUGGGUAACUCUCUAUUACUCCAUUGGCAGUAUCAAAAGUGUUUCUGGUAAAGGAAGUGCUAUUGUUCUAUGUUUCUGAGUCACGAGAUAAUCGCUGACCUGCUUAUUUCUAGAGCCUGGCACAGCUACAGAAAUUUGGCUCUACAUCUGAGCGGCAAUCUGCAAAGAUGGUAAACAAUACGGCCAUCUCUGCAUGUAGAUAUCUGUGGAUAUUUGCAGGGCUCUAUCUAAUUCCAUCAAACGUUCACAGAACUCCCAUCAAAACAGAUAGGAGCUGAAUCUAUGCAAUUACUUAAGUCCAUGAAGCUUGGUUUAGAAUAUAACCAAUAUAGUUGCCCCAUCUCAGUGUUACCUAGCAGUUAUACUUAUUUUCCCCUCCUAAUAACAGCGUUGCAAGAUUCCAGUUUUAAGUACAAUUUUCCAGCAGUAGGUUGAACCUGGUGCAGUCAGUGUUAAUUUUUUUUAGUGACACUUUUUUAAAUGUUACUUCACAUCUUACACUAACUCAAAUUUUCAGAUGUCUUUCCCCAUUGCUCAAUCAAUAGUCCUAACCUUAAAUACUGAAGGAAAAAGGGCUGUUUGUAUAUCUGCAUGCAUUAUCACUUGAGCCAUGAAUAGUUAUGGAAUAAAAGUUCUACAUGUGGUCCACUGUUCCAGGAGUACAGGAAAGCAGAGACAGAGAGCUAGGGGCUACAUUCCACUUACAGCUAGGCUCCAGUCUGUACUGUUCAUCUAGUUUGUAUUAACUGUCCCAGAACCACAGAAAUGGUUCAUCAGUUUGAGGCAGACUUCUCCAGCUCCUUCCCAGGGAACUUGCAGGGGAGGCUUGAAAGAAAGAGGAGCCAGUUCCUCAAUGGCUUCUGCUAUGCAGUAAGUGCUGGGAGGAAUCACUUAAUGUAGUUCUGUGCCUGAGACUAGUGUACAGCACAAGGUAACAUGGGGCAAUAGCGGUAAAUGACGGGGAAUAGGCAAAAUUUGCAGCCUAGCCCUCAAAGGAUUUUGCACACCCCCUGCUAAAGGCACAUUCAAGCUAAAAUUACUUUAGAGUGUCCUGAUUUAUGCAGAGGGCUUGGCUAGUCCUGUCCCCCAUCCGUAUAUA